AUGAGCAGCGCAACAUUUCCCUCUCCCAUUGCCGAGAUGGCAGAAAUAAACCGUAUUCACUAUGAUCUGGAGUACACAGAGGGCAUCAGCCAGAGGAUGCGCAUACCUGAGAUGCUCAAAGUGGCUCCACAAGGCCAGGAGGACUCCAAUGUUAACGCAAAGCAGCUUCCUCACAGCGUUACAAUGCAGGUCCCAGAACGAAUUGUUGUCUCAGGAGACGGUGAUGACAAGCAUUUUUCAAGGCCCAGAGACCUGGAUUUAAUCCAGUCGACACCAUUAGAAGCCCUGUCUCUAAAGACUCCUCCAAGAGUACUCACGCUCAGUGAGCGUCCUCUCGACUUCCUGGAGGAUGAGCAUAGAGCAGCUCCAGAAAAUGAAGCCAUGAUGCGACACCAAGGGCGGUCAAGACGCGAGCGCUCAGCUAGUGAGAAUACAGCUGUACGUCAUACCAGUCAACUGAUGCAUCACGAUUCAGCUGCAACAGCUUCCCCCCCAGCCUCUCUUCACCCACCUUUCCCUCCCAAUGUGAUCAAAGAAGAACACAACCUGUACAGCGCUAGUGGCAUUUUAUCAUUCCUCCAGUCCACUACACGUCGGGCCUACCAGCAGGUUCUUGAGGUCUUGGAUGAAAACCGCAGAAAACCAUCACUGCGAGGGGGGUCGGCCUCAAGCACCAACCCCCUGCAUGAUUCCAGGAUUGCAUUAGCAACAUAUGAAGGCUCUCUGGAUGGGGGAUCUGAUGACAUGACCGUUGUAGAUGCAGCAACACUGCGACGUCAGCUUAUCAAGUUAAAUCGACGGCUCCAGCUUUUGGAAGAGGAGAAUAAGGAGCGGGCAAAACGGGAGAUGAUCCUGUACUCGGUCACUGUGGCUUUCUGGCUCAUCAACACGUGGGUGUGGUUGAAACGUUGA